AUGUUCUCUUCAGGGACCAUCUAUAGCCUGCUGCUUCUCAGUGUGCUUUGGGUGGACUUCACCGUGGCAGGUUCCAGCUUUCUAAGCCCCGAACACCAGAAAGUCCAGCAGAGAAAGGAGUCCAAGAAGCCACCGGUCAAACUGCAGUCCCGAGCAGCAGAAGGCUGGCUCCACCCAGAAUAUGGAAGUCUGGAGGAAGGGGCAGAGGAUGAGCUGGAAAUCCGGUUCAACGCCCCCUUUGACGUUGGAAUCAAGCUGUCAGGGGCUCAGUACAAGCAGCAUGGCGGGGCCCUGGGGAAAUUCCUUCAAGACAUCCUUUGGGAAGAUGACAAAGCUUUCGUCUCGCUGUAA